AUGCCGAGACCGAAGGCUUACCGUCUUCCACAUCCGCUUGGCGACUUCUGGGCGACCACCGGAGCCGCCGAGGCAUUGCGCAACCUGCCCGCCAGCGAGGCCGACAAUGAUGUCUCACAGUUGACUGGAUCUGCUGCUACCACUCCAUCCAGUUCGUGCCCGAGUGGCAAUGGCAACGACGAUGCAGAGAGCGACAAUAACAUGGACGAUGCAGAGAGCGACAUCGGCAUGAUGGAUACGUCGCAGGAUUCCAUCGACGAGGAUCACGAUGUUCAGGACAACUACUCAUCCGGCGACGAAUCUGACAGCGAAAAGGGAAGACCCCUUGGAGAAUUGGACAGUCGCGAAACGAUGCGAGGAAAGAACCGCGAUGCGCUACCCACAGACAGCAAGAUGUCUGAUGAUUCCGCGCAUGGCAACCCCGAUACUGGCUCACGAUAUGAUCCCAUGGAAAUAACCAGCUCGCCGAAUCGUACUGCAGCAGCCAGCUCCCAAAUCCUCGCCCUGGAAAUUGACACGUCGCGGACCCAUAAACUAGAGGACAUGAAGCGAAGCAUCGAGACUGAAUUGGAGGCCCUAGUACAACGUCGGAAUGCAGCCCAAGCGGAAAAUGAGGCCAAAGAGGCAGACAUGCGAGCCGAAAGACAAGCGUCCGGUAUCUCAAAAGCCCUCUGGGAGGAAUACGAGGCAUUCUGCGAGGCCAUCGAGCCCAAGUUCGGAAGCCGUGGGGGGUGGUCGAUGACCUGUGAUGGUGAUCACGAUGGCUCGUACGUGGACUAUGACCCACAUUUCGACCUUUUCAAGGACAUACGCCCACGCCUUACAAGACCUCCAACUUCCGAUGUGAGGCAUGGACCUGCUUAUCGCCAGCAUCCGGUGAGAUCGACGCUGGAAAUGCUCAUUGCGCUGCCCGAUCGGUACAAAUCUUCCAAGGGCGGCUGGCUCUCGAGUACGCAUACGAAGAUGCACGGAGUUCCCAUCCCAUCAAGUCUCGACAAUGGACCUUUAAAUCUGCGCACAAUAUCGAGAGCCUUUCGACCAGAAGACGAGACGCGCGAUCUUGACGAGCGCUCUUUUAACGGAGCUGCAUAA